UCCGUUGUCCUGUUUGUAAGGCAGAACACAGGAUCCGCGUCGCGGAAAACAUAUUCUUGGUCGUACUGAUGGUGAGUUGACGCAGAUCUUAUAUUCAGUAGUUCUUCUCGACUGUAUGUAAUGAAACCUAAGAUGACCUGGGGUACUAAUGUAAGAAAUAACACGUAAAAACACAAAAAACUGCAUAGUUUCCUAGGAACGCGAAGCGAGGCGGCCAUUUCUGUCGGCGAUCAUUGUCUUGGAUCUCACCCUAUCCACCACCUAUAUGUAGCAUCCACCUUGGUACUUGUUGCUAAUGCUUGUGUGUGUACACAGUCGGACAAGCUGAACUCUCGUAUGAAGCAGUUGAAGAGGCAGCUUGAGGAGUCUGAGGAGGAGGCCCAGAGAGCCAACGCCAACCGCAGGAAACUGCAAAGGGAGCUGGAGGACGCCACUGAGUCAGCCGACGCCAUGAACCGUGAGGUCAGCACCCUCAAGAGCAAGCUCAGGCGUGGGGACCUUCCCUUCACCAUGCGCCGCAUUGUCAGCCGCGCGGGCAUUGAGAGCGACGAGGAGAGCGAGCCCAAGAGCGAGACCCCCGAGCCCAAGACUGAAUGAACAGCCACAGUGUUCCCUGCUGUCCAUAGGAUGGAACUGCAACAGUCAUACACAACACACACAAACCCACACACACCACAUAAAGUACACUUAGAGGGACACAAACAUCAUGAUACUGUAUGAUUUAGAGGCAGUAAAUAUACUUCACAGCCAGACCUCAGUCUCUCUUUAAUAAGAGACUUGACAAUCUCUGUACACUUGUAUUCCAUAUAAGCCAAUACAACAGUACUUCAGACAAUUGCCAUACUGACAUAACUCCUAUGAACUUGUGGGCCAAAUGUAUUUUCUCUUGCUUCAUUCUCUGGGAAAAAAAUUAAAAUGAAUGAUAUUUUUGUAAGGAAACAUUCCAUUAGAAAUAAUCCUGUUUUGGGGAUCUUUUUCUAACUGAAGCAAGAACGAACGAAAUAAAUAUAAAUGAAGAAGGAUUACUCGAGAGGGGACCAAAGUAAUAUCGCAAUCUAUAGAUUUGUAUUUUAUGCUAUAGUUUUUAUAAUGGUUAAGUAUGAAAGUACUACACGUCUAUGGCUCUCGCUCGCUCUCACCUCAGUUUAUAAUGGAGGUUUAUGUGCUCAAUUGUACCGUAUUAAUUUAGCUGCGUAUAGUACUUAAAACAUGAAUAUGCUUUUGGGCUUAAGAACACGAUACAACUAUAGACACACACGAAGCACACACAGAAUUGGAGAAUUUGAUUUGUGCCAAAUUGUCUUAUUUUUGCACUGAGAUUUAGGACUCUGGAUUAGAAAUGAUAGUCAACUGCAUUUGUGCAUUAAAUGAAGACAUUGAUAGACAGCAGAUGCACCUCAAACAAGAAAAGACUAAUUCAGAGUUUCUCUGAAGGCUCUGUAUUCAUGCCAACACACUAAAGCCUCUCAGUCAAAUUCUACUGUUCAAGGUUGUUUUUUCCUGGAUCCAGGUAUUGAUUUUUUUAUUUGCAUUUCUUUACUAUCAAUGUUUUUAUUGAUGCGCAGGGCGACGGUUACGGGGUGGUGGGGUACUUUAUUACUCACGAACGCUGUAUUCUCAGAGCUCUGCUUUGCAGGGUAUAGGGGUGGUGGGGUACUUUAUUACUCAUGAACGCUGUAUUCUCAGAGCUCUGCUUUGCAGGGUAUAGGGGUGGUUGAACAGAAUAAAGCAUGUUGGGAUGAGUGGGACAUUGUUACAUUCUGCAGCGCUGUAGUCUUAACACAUCACAUGAUAUCCUGAUGGCAUCUUUACUCUGACAGAAAGAUUGGGAAGAUGACUCCCUGUUGAAAUGCCUGGCCAGGUGUUUAUCCCAUGUAUUUAAGGGAUGGGGUGACGUAGAUGAGUGAAUGUGCUUUAGGUCUGGGUGAACUGACCCCUGCAGGCUGUGCUCAGGGUUGCCUUUUUUGCUCACACUGCUGGGAAGUGAGAGGAAUUUGUUAUUAAUUAUGGAUAACAGACAAAGGAUCACUCUCUUUCUCUCGCACUUGGAAGCAAAAAAGAAAAGAGAAUCUCAAUUUUGUACCGUCAUUUUCUCUGCAGCUCUGAAAUGAAAUCUUGAGUUGUGUAUUGUUGGUAUUAUUGCAAUAAAGAUGGCUUUCUAAACUGCAA